GCGCCGCCGCCGCCGCUCCCGCUGCCGCUCCCUCCGCAGCUGCCGCCGCCGCCGCCUGCGCUCGGCCCCGCGGCCCGGCCCGCACCAUGGAGGCGCCCCCCGUCACCAUGAUGCCCGUCACGGGCGGCACCAUCAACAUGAUGGAGUACCUGCUGCAAGGAAGCGUUUUGGACCAGAGCCUGGAGAGCCUGCUGCACCGGCUGCGCGGGCUGUGCGACAACAUGGAGCCCGAGACGUUCCUGGACCACGAGAUGGUGUUCCUGCUGAAGGGGCAGCAGGCCAGCCCGUUCGUGCUGCGGGCGCGGCGCUCCAUGGACAAGGGCGGCAUGCCCUGGCACCUGCGCUACCUGGGGCAGCCGGAGAUCGGCGACAAGAACCGGCACGCGCUGGUGCGCAACUGCGUGGACAUCGCUACCUCGGACAACCUGACGGACUUCCUGGUGGAGAUGGGCUUCCGCAUGGACCACGAGUUCGUGGCCAAAGGGCACGUGUUCCGCAAGGGCAUCAUGAAGAUCGUGGUGUACAAGAUCUUCCGUAUCCUCAUGCCGGGAAACACGGAGAGCAUUGAGCCGCUCUCCCUCUCCUACCUGGUGGAGCUCAACGUGGUAGCACCAGCGGGACAGGAUGUCGUCUCUGACGACAUGAGGAACUUUGCUGAGCAACUCAAGCCUCUGGUGCACCUGGAGAAAAUUGACCCCAAAAGGCUGAUGUGAUGGAAAAGAUGGGCAGUUACGGCAUUGCUUUUGAUAAGUGUUCCUGAAGAGAGUGUUUUCCUAACAAGCUUUUUGGGGGCAAAUAAAACGGGGAGAGGGGAAUAAAGGACAACAUAUCAGUUUUGUCAUUUGCA